GAGACUUCGCUUGCUGUGACGUCACGUGCAUACCCUCUACUACACUGAAGGUCAAAAGGUUUUUUCUUCCGAUUAUGGCUCUUUGUUGCUUACCUUAUCUUCUUCCCCCUUCUACGCACCAGGAAAGCACACCCUCUCCAUCCAGGCCCUUCAGUCUAAAGUUAAUUUUUAAUCACAUUUUAGGGUGACAUCCCGCAUACAUGGCUAUAUAAACUGAGACUUUAUGCAUUUCCAUUUCUCAAACUCUCCUUGGUGUCACUAAUAAUACUUUUUUCACGUUGGAUGCGUCCGUCACACUCUGUGGAUCAUGUCGAAAUUCUUUACAUGGGUCUGGAAGUACAGGAAUUACCUUGUGAUAGUGCUGACACCGCUUUUGCUUCUACCGCUGCCGAUUGUCAUCCCCACCUCGGAGGCAAAAUGUGGCUAUGCGAUAAUCCUCAUGGCGCUGUUUUGGUGUACGGAGUGUGUCCCUCUGGCCGUGACUGCCUUGCUGCCUGUCGUCCUCUUCCCUAUGAUGGGCAUCAUGAAAUCGCAAGAGGUUUGCGUCCAGUACCUGAAGGACUCCAACAUGCUUUUCAUUGGCGGGCUGCUGGUGGCCAUCGCUGUCGAGCAAUGGAACCUGCAUAAGAGGAUCGCCCUUCAGGUUCUGCUCAUUGUAGGGGUGAAGCCAUCUCUCCUGUUGAUAGGCUUCAUGAGCACCACAGCUUUUCUGUCCAUGUGGACCAGUAACAUGGCCUCCACGGCCAUGAUGCUGCCCAUCGCCAGCGCUGUGCUGAAGCAGCUGUGUGUCACGGAGGCCAGCGCUGAAGAGAGGAAGAGGAAUCAAAGCUUGGAUGCUGGAAUGGAUGGUCUGGACAACCAGGUAUUUGAGAUUAGUGACACCAAAGAAAGCAACGACAAGGAGCUCGAACUACAGGGCCACAGUAGCAACUUGGAGCUUUGUGACAAGAAUCUGGACGUAGAGGAGAAACGACUGGAGAGGGAGCGGAGGUACGCGAAGCUGCUGAAGGGCAUGAGCCUGAGUGUUUGUUAUUCUGCCUGCAUCGGAGGAACAGCCACCCUCACUGGAACCACACCCAACGUGAUCCUGAAGGGCCAGAUGGAUGAUCUCUUCCCAGAUAACGGAGGCGUCAUCAACUUUGCAAGCUGGUUUGGCUUCGCAUUUCCCACCAUGGUGGUCAUGCUCGCCCUGUCCUGGUUAUGCCUACAGUUCAUGUUUCUGGGCUUUGACUUUAAAAAGUCCUUCGGGUGCGGCACGAAUAAAGAUGGCGACAAGCAGGCGUACCAAGUAAUCAAAGAUGAGUACAAAAAGUUGGGCAGGAUGAGCUUCGCCGAGAUCUCUGUGCUGAUCGUUUUCACGUUGCUGGUCCUGCUGUGGUUUACCAGGGACCCGGGGUUCAUCCCCGGCUGGGCCACCGUGCUCUUCAACAAAGACAAACCGUACAUCACAGAUGGCAGCGUGGCCAUAUUAAUGUCAGCACUCCUCUUCUGCAUCCCCUCCACGUUGCCCUCAUUUCGGGGGUCCGCUGCUAAUGCCCCUCCUCCGCUGCUCACUUGGGACGUGGUUCAUCAAAAGAUGCCUUGGCACAUCCUUUUACUCCUCGGCGGAGGGUUUGCAUUGGCCCAUGGAAGUGAGAAAUCAGGACUCUCUGUGUGGCUUGGACAAAGUCUCACACCGCUGCAGAGCAUCCCUCCUUUUGCUAUCUCCAUCCUCCUUACUCUACUGGUGGCCACGUUCACCGAAUUUUUCAGCAACACUGCCACCACCACGCUCUUUCUGCCGGUGCUGGCCUCCAUGGCCAUUGCCAUUAAGAUACAUCCACUGUAUAUCAUGCUCCCCUGCACCUUUGCCACCUCUCUGGCUUUCAUGCUCCCCGUGGCCACUCCACCCAACGCCGUCGCCUUCUCCUUCGGCAACCUUAAAGUCAUGGACAUGGCCAAGGCUGGGUUCUUGCUGAACCUUGCUGGAGUUUUAACCAUCAACAUUGCCAUUAACACAUGGGGUGUAGUCAUGUUUCAGCUGGAUACCUUUCCAAGUUGGGCUAAUGUCAGCAAGACUCCUUGAAUGUGAUAAUAUCUGUCUAUUUAUCUGGGUUCCAUUGAUGGAGGCCUGGGCUGGCAGCUGUCUUAAUAAUUUUAUUUAACAAUCCUUGUACACUCAAAACAGUACAUCCUAAUUCACACCUUUCAGUUUUAUAUUGUGCUUCAUGUUGUAUAUGUUGACUUGUAGUUUUGGAGUCCAGCUUGAUGUUUUUUUUUGUUGUUGUUGUUGUUGUUUUUUUUUUUAGCUUAACCACAUUCAGCUUAUUCGGACAGUCAGACAAUUAAAUCACAGUUCAUACACUUGCAGUUAAAUAUCAACAUUGUGAGUUCAUUGUAUCUGUAAUAAACAGAGUUAAACUAUUGUAAUGGAAUUACUCAACCGGUUUAACCACUGUCUGUUUUCUUUUUUUUGUAUUGUGUUGUAUUGGGUGGUUACAUUUGUAACAAAGUUCUUUGAGUGAAGAGACUCUCCAUCAUCCAUAUACAGUGUAUAUAGUGGUGGAAAAAAGUUUUCGGACACCCUUAAAAUUUUACACAAUCUCAGAUAUUCCCUGUGUCUGACAUCGUUCACUCACUCCCUAACCCCUACUCCCUAUGUAGGGUUGCACACACUACACAUCAUUGUUUGACACGCAGUUAAUGAUAUUACUAUUGUCACAUCAUUACGUGUCAGACUGCCAUGGCUCCCCUGGUUAUCCCAUUAUAAUUUACAGAUUACUAAAACGUGAUGGUUGUGUAAACAAAUAUGUGUGAUAUUCAUGAAAUAAAAAAUAAAAA